UUACCGACGCCAGUGACAGUUGGAGGGUUUGUUUACGAAAAUUUCAAGGAUUUUCUGCCUGGACUUUUCCUGGCAUUUCCUGCUCACCAUGGUCACAGAAGCGGCCACAAAUGCCACGAAAUCCAAGGCUACGUCCAGGAAACGCCCAACUCCUGUGCACUCCUGGACAAAUUCCGACGUCCAGAAGUGGUAUCGGCGGUGUGGUAACAAUCCCAAGUAUGCCGAUCUAUUCCAGAAGCAUGACAUCACGGGAUUGACUCUCCUCCGGAUGACUGAUCACGCGCUACUCCGGAUGGGCAUCGAAGACAACAAGGAUCGCGAGGCGAUCUGGCGGGAGAUUCUGAAGCAGAAACUGAAGGCGGACAUAAUGGAGAUUAGAGACUUGGAGCGCAUGGAAGUGGUGUGAAGUGAAAACCUCUGUAAUUCUCAAAUUCUGUGGAAUGUCAUUACAUUACUCGUCACUGUCGUGA